AAUAUCGUAUGUUUUGUUUAUUUUCUGUAAAAAACGGAACGACAUUAUUCCCGCGCCGUUGACACAAAAUGGCGUCAUUGGAUUGCGUUGUAUUAUUAGUUUGCACUAUUUAAUUCAUUUCAUAAACCUUUUCAAUGUUUAUUCUCAUUAUAACAUAUUGAAUUGUGUUGCAAAUAUACUCUAAAAUGAUAUUAUCAGGAAAUCUAUUAUUUUAAUUUACUGUAAAUGCGUUUAUGGAGAUGGCAUGACAAGUCUUAUUGUAUUGUACUUUAUACUCAUAACUGCAAAAAUGAUAGAAUUUAUCAAAUUAGGAUAUAUACUUAUAUAAAUUAUACUAUAUGAAUCAAAAUAAAUUUGUUCCUUCUAGCUGACUUUGCAAACAAAAAAUAAUAUUUCCUGAUGUGGCCGAGGAUGAUGACCUGCCAAAUGGGCUGUGCAGAACAUGCUCAGCAUCUGCAUUCAAGGCUGCUGAGUUCCGGACGUUCUGUCGCGAGGCCUCUAAACGCUGGACCACCACGCUAGACAUGCUCAACAUGAUACCAAACAACAAUUCAAAGAAUAUCUAUGCUUUAAUAUUGGGCAACAAAAUCUCCAUAUAUGACAGUAAAAUGUUCAAAGAACCCCAGGAUAAGACAAAGGAAACUUGUCCAAAAGUUAAAACUGUUAAACAUAAAAAUUAUGCAAAAAGUUUGCAUUGUCAGUGUUCAACUUGUGGCCGAAGGUUUACAUAUGCACAUGAACUGCAUGUACAUUUAAAAGAAUCCAUGGAUUUGAUCCAAGCUUGCUAUGUUUGUGCCAAAAUUAUGAGUAGAGAGGAUUUGCUCAAACACUUGGUGCAGAAACACAAUAAAAAACCACAUCCUUGCAAGAAAUGUUCAACUAUAUUAACUUCCUCCUUGCAAUACAAACAGCACAUGGUGAAGGAGCAUGGUCCUGGAGUGUGUACAUGUGGAGAUUGUGGGAGGACAUUUCAGUCUACACAAGCAUAUCACGCUCAUUUGUCCAUCCAUGCACCUAAAAACUGUCCUCGAUGCUCAAAAUUAUUCCAAAACAAGAAAUGCUAUGUACACCAUGUGAAAAAAUGUUGUGACUUGCACAAAAACAGAAAAGAAGUGCAUCAAACUAAACACAAGUUGUCCAUACUGGUCAAAAACAAAGACAGACAGAUCAAAGUAGGUUUGCGAGGCAGCGCCGAUAAGGAAUGCAUUUGUGAUUACUGCAAAAAACGAUUUGCAGGAAAGAAAUUUGUUGCAGCACAUAUCCAAAUAGUCCACUUGAAGAACACACAUAGACCAUGUGCAUAUUGUGGCAAGUUGCUCGCUGCUGCACACAUGUCGUCACACAUGAAGAAGCACCAGCCAUCCCAGAGUUACAAAUGUGGUCACUGUGGAAUUGUGUUAAAAACUAAGCUCGGAUACAGUCAACAUUUGCGGCUGCACACUGGUGAACGUCCAUACACAUGCCAGUACUGCGGAGAAACAUUCACAGCAUCCUCAAGGAAGUCAGAGCACAUCCGUAAAACGCAUAAGAGCACAGAGGAAGUGUUGCGGCAUGCGUGCCAGCUCUGUCCGGCCCGAUUCCGUCUCCCAUACAGAUUGAAAAAACAUAUUUUAACUGUCCACAGUAAAACCAAACCACCGCUGUAUGAAUGCAAUAAUUGUGAAGCUAAAUUUGCUAGUUGUAGAGCACUUUUGGCACACAGUAGGAUCUGUCAAAUUUAACUGAGGCACUCAUGGUAUCAGGAAAGUUGAUUAUUUUCGCCCUGACCAAAAGAUUAUGCUGCAUUUAAAAGUUUUAUAAAAUAAAAUGUUGACUUGCAGAGUUCUCCAUCGUCGCCAUUAUUAUACCUGGCUGUCAAAUUGCCUGCUUAUACUUCACUUAAAAAAGAUAUUAGAAUAGAAGAUUAAGUAAUAGAUUAGAAAUAUACAUUUUAUUCAAAAUGUCUUGAAUAAAAUGUAUAUUUCUAAUGGUCUUGGUUUUGUUGCACUGAAGUGCCUUUGGAAUUGGCGUGCAAUCAUUUUUGUUAUCUUUAAUAUACACACAAUUCAAUCUUUGUGUUAUGUGCUAUAACUGGCAUUAUCAGAUAAUAUUAAAAAAUAUUUAUGAAUAAUUCAAUCUUUAUUUAAUUGACUUGUUUGCUCUCAAAUGUUAGUCGCCUGCACUGCGUUAUCUUCUCUGGUUAAACGAGCGUCAUGUACUAUUUAGCUUGCCGAGCUCUCUCCCCUCCCAUGUCAGGGAAAUAUGAACUCCCUACACGAUUAUCAUUUGUGCGCGAGCUAUGCCAUUUUAUUAUGACGGUCUUACAAUCGUAUAACGUGUUUGACCUUUAUUCAUGAUCGAUCAUAUUGUGUAAAGAAUUUUCUAGCCUUUAUCUUUUUAAACUAAACAUUACAAUUAAGAAAGUGACAAAUAACUAAUGGGUACACAUCCCUGUAGAAAGUAUUCUUAACUAUCCAUAGUAAAUUAAAUAGCUUUUUUGUUGAAGACUAUCAAUAUAUCAUAAGACUGCAUUCAAGAAUAUAAUAUUUAACAUCCCAAAUGUUUUGAAGAAACUCAAACCCAUGUUGAAGUGACAAAGGAAAAUUG